AUGGUCCAUGCAGUGGCGGGAAAAAGCCAGUUUGCGGCGGUGGCAAAGGAGCUGACGAACAAGACACUCGAGACGGAGCAUGAGAAGGAGGCCUAUGUCUCACGAGUUGCCUUUGUUGCUGCUGUGGCUCGGCAUCAUGUCCCGGCGGCGUAUGCUGGGUUUUGGUUUGAUCUACUUGCUGAUGCCAACGAUCGCGUUCAUCUCCGCGAUGCCGCCGUCUACGCAGCCAUGGUUGGCCUCAAGCCGGCCAAGGCGCUUGCGCUCAUUAUUCCGCUCUUUGCGCCACGUGGGGAGGACCGGCUCGAUGCUGAGGACGUUGCGCGCAUGCUUGUGGUCCUGGCCGAGACUCGGCUGCGGGCCCGGUUCGCGCCGCCGGGCAUUGCCCCAACCUCGCUGCCAGCCGACGGCCUGCCGGGCUUCUUCCUCCGGCGUGAGGUAGUGGAGAACGAGAUUGUGCCCGAGUCGGAGGCGCUGCUGAAGGCGAUGGGCGUCGAUCCGACCUCGAGCGUGUCGGCCAAGCGGCUUGCGCGCAAAGGCGUUGUGACACCGACGCUCGACGCAUACACCCGGUUCUUCUCGGCGCUCCAGACCCAGCUGCCGAAGCGGGUCUCGCAUGGCCACGGCGGCUUGCUCCGUGGGCCGGGCCUCGACUCGAUGUCGGUGGUCAACGCCGAUGACAUGGGCAAGGCUGACUCGUACGUCGUCCGCCGGCUUGCCGACGAGGAUGCGCCCGACGGAGUCAAGGGCUCGUUUGUGGCCGUCCCGCUCUCGGCCUCGAGCCGGUACAAGCAGUCCACGCAACUGCAUGUGUCUGGCAAUGUGGCGGACUGGCGGUUCCACAAGCUUCGUAUGCUCGGCCAGCAAAUCGCAGCCAAGCAAGAGAACGAUGUGGUGCUGACGGUGACGAGUCUGCUCCCUGUUGAUUACGCUGCGUACUUGGUCAAUGUCAAGCGGGAGCUAGGUGGUGCUGCCUACGUCCAUCCUCAUGGUCAACCCAUUGCGGUCCUCAACUCGAUCAACUAUCUCGGUGAUCUGCCGGCUUUUGAGCUCUGGGCAAAGUCAGAGUAUGCCGUCAGGGAUCCGAGACCGUAUGCUCUGCAUGCUGCCCUUGCCAGAGCUGCCUACCGCAAGCAUCUGGAAGCUUCUGGUCACUCUCAUGUCUAUCUCGAUCUCCAGCUCGACGGCCCACCGUCAAAGGCCUGGAUCGCCGCCCAAGCUGAUGGCGGCCCGAGCUCGGCUACCGAUGACGAGGCAGAGGACGAGGCUGAGGCCGCAAGCGGCGACGGCGAGAUUGUCCGCCUUGUCUUUGAGCUGUACGACGAUGUGGCGCCAAAGUCGGCUGCGAACUUUCGCUCGCUCUGCGCCUCGGACGUCGAUGGCCUCUCGUACAUCGGCUCGGUCAUCCAUCGGGUAGUGCCCGGCGGUUGGAUCCAGGGCGGCGACAUCUCGCCGGGCUCGCCCGGCUCGGGCGGGGCUUCGGUCUUUGGUGAGCCUUUUGAAGACGAGAACUUUGCCCUCAAGCACGACAAGGUGGGCAUGCUCGGCUACGCCAACGACGGCCCGCACACCAACGCCUCGCAGUUCUACAUCACCCUCCAGCCCAUGCCGGCGUUUGACGAGCAGUACGUCGCUUUUGGCCGUCUCGUCGACGGCAUCGAAGCCGUCGAGGCCAUCGUCAACCUCGCCGCCAUCAACCAGCGUCCCGUCCGCGCCGUCACCGUCGUCGCUGGCGGUGAGUUCCGUGUCGGCGCCAAGCCGAGCAAGAGCCGCAAGAAAUAGCCUCCCAAGCCGAUCCGAAACUAGUCCCGC